AUGGCAUCCCUCGGCGCGCACCCCGCGGCGUUGCGCUUGCGCCCAUGCAGCUCUGCCGUGCUCCGGCAGCGGAGUUCCCGAGUUGACGGACAGCGUCGGCGCACGUCGUUCCUGCAUCAACAUGGGCCCAGCAACCGUCGUGGACCGGCUCCCUGCCAGUCCUUCCUGGGGGUGGGGGCUCCAGAGGCGGUCUUGGUAGGCAUUGUAGCACUCGCGGUAUUCGGGCCGAAGGGUCUCGCAGACGCCGCAAAGGCGCUCGGGUCUGCGCUGCGCGGCCUGCAGCCAACAAUCCGGGAAAUCUCCGCCAUCUCCAACGACUUGAAGAGCACAUUGGAGGACGAACUCGGCGUCGAUGAGAUCAGGAAUGAGUUCAAGGGGAUCAAGGAAGGGUACAAAGGGCCCGAGGCCGAGGGGAAGGCCAGUCAAGAGAAGCCGAAGCCUCAGCUGGUUGAGGCGACGGAAGAGAUGGCCAAGGCCGUGGACCCAAACAUCGAAGACAAGCGCGCGGCCAGUGCCGCCGCUGCGUGGGGGGGCGCGCCGCCGGCCGAGCGUGCCAACACCGAGCCGGUUGCGGAGGUGGCGAGCGACACGGCGGCGAAGCCCGACCCCCUGGCAGAGGCCUCGCUUGCAGACCUAGAGAAAGAGCUCGCGCGUCGCAAGGCCGCGCAGAAAGAGGAAGCGUGA